UCAAAAACGGACAGCAUCAGGGAUGAGAAGUGACACUACUACAGAUGGUACAGAUGUUAAAAGGAUAAGGGAAGAUUAUGAACAACUUGAUGCCAAUGAAUUUGACACUUUAAAUUUUCAUCUAAACCAAUUUCAUCUGAACCAAUUCCUUGAAAAACACAAACUACCAGAAGUCACUCAAGAAGAAAGUGGCAACCUGAAGAGCUAUGUGUCUAUUAAAGGAUUGGUGGUCGCAAAAUCUUUCUGGAAGGAAAUUUCAGGCGCAGAUGGCUUCACUGGGUAUUGCUACCAACCACUUACGGAAGAAAUACUAGUUUCACAAACUCUUCCAGAAAAUCGAAGAGGGAACCUUCCCCCAAUCCUUCAGAGGCCAGUACUACUCUGAUAAGGAAACUAGGGCUUUAUAUGAAAACUACAGACCAGGAUGUAAAAAUUCUAAACAAAACUUUAGCAAACUCAAUACAAUAUAUAAAAAUGUUAAGUAUUAUCGUGACCAAACGGAGAUCAUGCCGGAAACUCAGGCUGGUCUAACGUUAGAAAGUCAAUUAAAGUAGUCGAUCACGGGACUCUCCCAGCAACAGAUCUCUGCCCCACCCACGACGGGAUGGGGCCGGCGCCGUCAGUCAGCCACCAGGGGCGGGCCGGGCCCGGGCACCGGUGUCACACCCGCGACACCCGGCUUCCGUCCGCGCGCCUCCUCCCCGCCGCGGCCGGCGGCUGGCAGCGGGGCGCCCAGACCACAAUGCCCCGGGCCUCGCCGUGGCCCCGCCUCCGCCCGCCGGCCCCGCCCCGCGCGCCGAGUCGGCAGCCUCUGAUUGGGGGCUGCGGCUUCCGCUCCCCCGAUGGGCAGGUUCUCGAGCCCGGUGGCGGCGUGGGUGAUCCGGAGGCCCCGGCAGGCAUGGGGGAGGCCCGGACUGGCACGCGCGCGCCGGCUGGUGGGCUAGCUCCCGCAGGGCUGCCCAUGCCGGAAGCCGGCGUGGAGGCGGAGGUGGCGAAGCUGCUGCCUUUCCUGGCGCCCGGGGCGCGGGCGGACCUGCAGGCGGAGGCGGUGCGGCACGUGCUGGCGCUGACCGGCUCUGGGCCCGGUGGGGCGCUGCUGGCCGGCCAGGCGGCGCUGCUGCGGGCGCUCGUCGAGCUGGCUGCGGCCCCGGCCCCGGCCCCGGCCCGCGACGCCGCUCGUGCGCUCGUCAACUUGGCUGCCGAGCCCGGCCUGCACGAGCGGCUGCUGGAGGCCGAGCCCGCGCUGCCUGCCCGCCUGCUGGACCGCGCGAUGGACCCAGCGUGGCCUUGGGCCGAGGAGGCGGCCGCCGCGCUGGCCAAUCUCAGCCGCGAGCCGGCGCCGUGUGCCGCGCUGAUGGCAGCGCUGGAGGCCGAGGAGCCGGGGGAGUCGGGCCUGGAGCGGCUGGUGCGCGCGCUGUGCACGCCCGACUACAACGCCCGGGCGCCCCUGCAUUACCUGGGGCCAGUGCUCUCCAACCUCAGCCAGCGUCCCGCGGUGCGGGCCUUCCUGCUGGACCGCGAGAGGUGCGUGGUCCAGCGGCUGCUGCCCCUUACCCAAUUCUCAGACUCCUCGGUGCGCAGGGGCGGGGUGGUGGGGACUCUCCGAAACUGCUGCUUCGAGCAUCGACACCACGAGUGGUUGCUUGGGCCCCAGGUGGACAUUCUCCCUUUCUUGCUGCUGCCCCUGGCUGGGCCUGAGGACUUCUCUGAGGAGGAGAUGGAGCGGCUGCCUGUUGACCUACAGUAUCUGCCGCCAGACAAGCAACGAGAGCCUGAUGCUGACAUCCGCAAGAUGCUCCUCGAGGCCAUCAUGCUGCUAACAGCCACAGCAUCUGGUCGGCAGCAGGUGAGAAACCAGGGAGCCUACCUGAUCCUGCGUGAGCUACACAGCUGGGAGCCAGAGCCCGACGUGCAGGUGACUUGUGAGAAGCUCAUUCAGGUGCUCAUUGGGGAUGAGCCAGAGCCGGGCAUGGAAAACCUGCUGGAGGUGCAGGUGCCUGAGGAUGUGGAGAGGCAGCUGCAGCAGCUGGACCACCAGGAGCUGGAGCAGCACACCCGGGCGCAGCCGGAGGAGCUGGCCCCAGAACCACAAGCAGAGGGGGCUACACCCACCUGAGGCCCUUGCAACCCGCCACCGGCUCCAGGCCCACCUUUGCCAGCCCGUCACUCCAGGCCUUCCUGCAGCCACCUGCAGGCCUCUGAGUCUCCCUGCUCAGAGGUUGUUCCCUGCUGAAAAGCACAGCUACACUUAGGCUCAGGGUGAGGUGUCUAGGGCGAAUGCUCAGUACACGUGCGAGGGUCGGGGUACUUCCUCAUGCCCUGUUGCUUCUGGCAACUCGGGUUGCUCAGACCAGCACUGGUCAGCCAAAGCUAGUCACACCCUCUGAUCCUCAGGGACGUACCUCUAGGAAGAUGGCUGAUGGGGCUGGACAGAUAAACCGUACAAGCCUGAGCAGCCCCCGAGGGCACUACAGAGGUCUGGGCAUCGGUGGGCAUCCAGGUGCAAGCAGUGCCCUUUGCUGCCAGUCCCACCCGAGUCUUCAGUCCUGGGGUCCUCGGCUUGCCCUGCCUGAGAUCCAGCCUCAGAGGACUGACCUCUUGUGACUCACCAGCCUCAGCCUGUCCUGGGAUCUCCUAGGGCUGCGCCUCCCUGGUUUGUCCUUGAAGUGCUUGCUGGGUACUGUCUCUCUUCAUCCCCUCCCCCAUCCUGCUCAGUCCCUUGCUAGUUUCUCCAGCCCGGGACUGAUGUGAUGCGCUCGCUGUCCCCACUAACUCGGCUCUAUCCUUGGUCAGUUUCCUUGAGUUUCAGAGCCCCUUGGCUCACACACGGAGCGUCUUCCUCAUGUGCCUCUGCAGCCUUGCUCUUUGCCAGACCUUUUCCCUUACCACCCUCUGCCCCCGUGAAGCCCCCUUUGGGCCCAAGAAACUUGUUUUCCCCCAGCCCCUUGUGUGGGCCCUCUGUUCUGCAGCUGCCAAGCCAAGCCUGGUAGGCUGUCCGCAUGGCCCUCCCCGCACUGUGCUCCCUUCUUGGUGCCAUCUUUGGCACAGGACUCCCUUGCCCUCUGGCACUGGAGUGCAGCCUGACGCCCUGGCUUCCCAGCACACCCUCACUCCACAUGUCCUCAGUCCUGUCACUGCCUCCAAAGCCAGAGGUCCACUCCAGUUCCACCAAGGCUGGGUGCCUCAUGGAAACGAGGUAUUUCCUGUCUCUGUGGUACCCCCUGUGUUUCCCUCCUCCCGAGUAAAGCUCUGGCAUGGAGGCACGUGGACUCGCGUUCUCCCUGGAUGGGGACUGCUAGUGGGUUCCCCGUGGCUGGCUGCCCUGGCCUGCACUGAGACGGCAGCAUCCCCUCCAUAAAAUAAAUGCUUUAUCUGGCCUC